UGCUGAGGUGCCCGGCCUCCCAGAAGGCACCGCGUCUCUGCCGUGCUCUGCUACUGACGGCGGCCUGUGAGGACACUUGGAAGGGCGAGGGGAGGGGUCGGUCUCCCACGCCUAGUUUCCCGUUCGUCCCGGAGCCUGGGUCUCUGGGCUGCCCUCACCGAACGCCCAGGUGUGACAGAGCCUCCGAAAGCUUUCUGACAGAUUUCUUCAGUAAGAGGUGGCUUUCGAAGCUCUGCAGAAACGAGUGUGGUGUGUGAUUCAAGGUACAAUGGCUGCAAAAGUGUUUCCUAUGUCCUCAAAGCCAAAGCAGUCUUUUAUACUGAGAGUUCCUCCAAACUCCAAGCUGGGCCAAGACCUACUUCGAGAUGCUACUAGCGGGCCCAAGACCAUCCACCAGCUGGUUCUGGAGCACUUCCUCACCUUCUUGCCCAAGCCAGGCCUGGCCCAGCCCAGUAAGAAAGUCAAGGAGACCUUGGUUAUCAUGAAGGAUGUGAGCUCAAACUUUCAGAACAGAGUGCAUCCUCGUCCCUUAGUGAAGCUUCUGACCAGAGAAGGCAUCCAGCAAAAACAGGAGACAGGGUCUCUGUGUUUGAAAGCUGAGCCUGAGGAGCUGGUGGUCUUUGAGGAUUUAAAUGUAUUUCACUCCCAAGAAGAAUGUGUGAGCCUGGAUCCUACUCAACAGCCCACCUCAGAGAAGGAAGACAGUGUUGGGGAGAUGAUGUUACUAGUCAAUGACAGUAAUCCUAAGGGUGAAGAUCAUAGAGAAAAGUCUUCAGAUUGUGAUGAAAUGGAUUGUUCAGUGGUCUCUGAGCCGCCUCCAGAUUGCCAUAAAGAAAAAAGACUAAACACAUCCAUUCCAAAGGAAAGGAAAGUGAGAAAUCUUUUAGUUACUAUUGAAAAUGAUACUCCACUAGAGGAACUCUCCAAAUAUGUUGAUAUCAAUGUUAUUGCACUUACCCGAAAUAGGAGAACAAGAAGAUGGUACACAUGUCCACUGUGUGGAAAACAGUUUAAUGAAAGUUCUUACCUUAUUUCCCACCAGAGGACUCACACUGGAGAAAAACCUUAUGACUGUAGUCACUGUGGGAAAAGCUUCAAUCAUAAAACAAACCUUAAUAAACAUGAACGAAUCCAUACAGGAGAGAAACCUUACUCAUGUUCUCAGUGUGGAAAAAAUUUUCGACAGAAUUCUCAUCGGAGUCGCCAUGAAGGAAUCCAUAUAAGGAAGAAGAUAUUUAAGUGUCCAGAAUGUGGGAAAACCUUCCCAGAGAACAAAGAAUUUGUGCUUCAUCUGCAGAGUCAUGUGGCUGAGAGGCCAUAUGAUUGCAAAAAAUGUGGAAGAAGAUUUGGUCGACUGUCAAACUGUACCCGGCAUGAAAAAACCCACUUAGCAUGUAAGACCCGAAAGCAGAAAUGGGGUCGGGAAAGGUCUGAUGGUCCUGCCUCGACCUGAAAUGUUUCAUAAGGAAUUCUGAAUUUCCAGGCUGUCUGAAAAGAUACAGAUAUGUGAAAACCUCAUAAUAGCCAAAACUAGAUAAAUACCCAUCUUGGCUGAAACCUCAAAGUUUUAGAAAAUUAACAGAAGAAAACAUCCUCAAGGGCUAUACCUCGGUUAGCAUCUAGGCUUUUUGGACUAAGGAGCUUUCUUUUGUGAACUUACACAACAAUGUACAGGUCACAGAUCCCUUCCUCGAGAACGGCUUUGAAAUGAGUCUGGAGGCUGCUUACCUGCAAGGUGAACAGAGUGACUCUUGUGUACUGAAAGUAUAUCCAUUUUCCCCCCCACAUAUGAAUUCACACUUGAGAAAAGAGAAACAAUGCAAAGGUGGUUCCCCUGAAAGAACCAAUCUAUUGAUUGGUUAAGCGAACAGCUUCUAUUGGCAAUAGGUAUAACCUUCAAAGAACACCCUGUUAAAGCUUGAGUGUUAAAAGGGAUUGUUUACUUUGGAAUGUAGGAAAAUAUGGCAGUUGAAUAUCAAAGGCUUACUCUGUCAUUUGUAUGUGAUCUAAACUAACAAUUUCAGUAACGUUUGGUAUUUAUGGUAAAAAGUGACUGUUUUACAGAAAUUCCCACAACAUAAUUUUAAAAUGUCUACUUUUCUUACUGUUUCUUGUUCAGCUAGUAAUUGCUCAGUCAGCUCUCUCAUGCCUUUCCUGUGCCACAGAAGUUCAGAUUGCUCAGGCCCAGCCACCCAGCCCCACUACUGGAAAAAGCUCUUCAGAAUCUUUCCCUCUGCUGAGCCAAGAAAAAAACUUGCUAGGAAGGAAACCCCAAGAGCCUGAAAAGGAAGAGGAAGACAUUGCACGGAUCCAUGGCUGUUCAAAAACUUUACCAUAUGCUUAAUUCCCCUCUAGGCAGUUAUCAGACCUUUGGCAAUGGGUGGUCACUACCUCAACAAGCAAAGUUUUAUUUUUAGAAAUGUCGCCAGUGGCUAGCUCACACUGCCCCUCAAGAGACAGGAUUCCAGUGUUUUCAUUGUAGUGGAUGUUUGUUCUUGUUGGCCUCCCAAUAUCCAGACUUUCCUGACUUGUCUGCCCAGAGGCCAAGCCAGGGGUGCCUUCAUGGGACCGAUCCUGUAGUUAGUGAUUUUAAGAAUUCUUGAUCAGUUUUGCUCUUUUUAGGUUUCCAGAUUUUUACAUUGGUAUUUUGAUUGGAAUAAUCUAAUCCUAUAAACUACUUGGAAAAAAUUAACUUUACAAAUUUUGUUUCCCAUCCAGAAACAUGCCUUUUCAUUUACUGGAGUCUUCCUUAGUAAGUUUUUCUAAUUUUCCUCGAGUAAAUAUUUUGUUACUGUAAAUAGAUUUUUUUCAUUUUUAUAGUUAUUGCUGUUAUGAGUUAUUUUUAAUUAUAUAUUUGUGAAACUAGACACCUCACUGAAUGUUCUUAAUUUUCAAUAAUUUCUCAGUCCUGUUGUAAUUUGUGGUCAAAAAUUACACCAUCUACAAAAUAGUUUUGUUUCUUCAUUUCUGCCUAUUGCUCUUUUUUGUUAUUUUUUAAACAUGCAGCCCUAAGCUUCGUUUUGGUACAAAACAUUGUAUGGUACAGUGUAGGCCUCAGUCCUAACUUUAAAAACAACAAAAACCAGCACAUAAAGACCACAGAGAAACUGUCCUUUAUCUACUUUGUUUUUCAAGCCUAUAGUACCCUUUCAAACCAGGGACAAAACUGGCUGCCAACGUAUUCUCUUAUUCCUCAAGAAGUCUAGACAUGGUCCACUGGGUUAUUGCACAGAGGACCUGCCUGCACACCUAGAAAACAAAGGCUGCAUGGUGCCAGGCAGUGACCAGAGAAGGUGGGGGUCCCUGGUUCUGCCCUAGUGAGAGAUGGUCUCAAAGGCAUGUGGAUGGGUGAUGCUCCCACAACUCAAACUCUCUCCUCACACCUGGGAGGUGCCCUCUGUGUCCCAGGCUUUGGUGUGCACAAGGGCCCAUGAGAUCAAGGUCAUGGGCCCCUAAUAUUCCAGGAGAGCGGAGCCUGGACAGGUCAGACUUCCCCCUGCCUGCCCCACCACACCUGGGAGGGGCUGGAGGGAAGUGCCCUUCACCCCUGCAUUGGAGCACAGGGCUGGGACCUAGGGUCAGCUGCCCCCAAACAUGUAAGCACCAGACAUGAUAAAAAUUAGAAAUCAAUGAAAUUAAAAAUGGAAUCAAUAGAGAAAGUCAAAAUCAAAAGCUGUUUUUUGAAAAGGUCAAUAGAAUUGAUAAAUUACCUCACCAGGAUAAUCAACAAAAGAGAAGGCACAAAUUACAAUCAGAAAUGAAA